AUGCGGGUGGCUCCGGCUGUGUCCGGACGGCACGUGGUGCGGGCAGUUCGGUAUGCCCGGGGAAGAAUCCGCCCGUUAGGCUCUCCUCCGGCCCGCAGCCUCCAUGGGUGCCGGCGUCGGGCUUACACUUGCGCUGCUGCCCGCCGUCAAGCCUCCGGAGUGGGAGUGGGAGGGAGAGGCCCCGAGGUGCUGCGUGGCGCGGGGUUUUCAAAGGCUGAAAAGCAAAACCUGGCAUCUCUACUUCUGCACUGCGCACAGCUGAGCAAUGGCAUCCAGCACAUCCAGUGUAUUAGUUUUCUGGAGAUAAUGAAGAAUGCUUUUUUUUUAAAUUAUGGAAAUUGUAUUGCUCUGUCUCAGGUGAUGCACAACUUGCUGAUGGCCAUUAAAGUUUCAAUAGCGCUUGUACAGAAAUUACACGAAAGUAUCCAAGGAAGUCUGUGGAAACACCAUGAGUCUUUUGUAUGGCAAAGUAUGUGUAGUUUACUGAAAAGCUCCACAAACUUCCUAAUGGAUGGGAAGUUUAGUAAUAUUCAAACCCAUAAACUCCUGCAAACUGUUCAGACUACCGCUGGACUGGCCAUUAUUCUGUUUACUGAAUCUAUGUGUGAGCCAGUUGAAGCCAGUUUACCUUGCUUGAUAAAUGUCAGUGACUUGCUUCUUGGGUCAGUGAAACACGUGUGUGUGCCAGUGUGGUUUGUGAGUAGCUGUAGGACUUUGUGUAUGGAGGAACUCCCUCCCUCGGUCUUCUUUCUUUCCCAUGGAGCACUGGCUAUGCUAGAAUGGAAGAACAGCAGCAUGGAUGAAAAUGGAGUGAAACUAUUAUUAGAUAUCACAUCAGUCAUCCUUGAGUUCAGAGUUGGCGUCUCCUUUGAUUUGUAUUGUUUCAUGUUUGGGAGGAGGGGGUUGAUUUUUUUUUUUUUUUUCUACUUAUAUUUUUGCACAGUUCAUAUGGUCCUGGUGGAAUAUCUUUUUGAUGUUUUCAGCCUAAUGCUAUUAGGUUUUGCCACAGAUCAUCUUAUCUUUUUCUUAUAUUCAGAAAUCCAACCUUUGUCUAAAAUCUUUGCUAUUUGGACUAAUUCAGCAUUGGCUGCUCGAGGCUCCUCAGAUCUAAAAAUCAAACUUAAUGGAAACUCUGUGAUUGGGAAGCUUCUGGAAUACAUUUAUACACACUGGGAACAACCUCUGGAUGCUGUUAGACAGCAAACCAAAUUGAUGUUCAUGAAUCUUCGUUGGGAACACUGAACCACCAUUACUGGAUCUGGUGAAAAAUCGCAUCCAUUCUUUGUAAGGCUGAUAAAGCAUUUACUAAGUUUGGAAUGACAUGUCAAAGGAAAAUACACUUCUCCUGGCUGUCUUGUGGAGAGUGUGGGCACUGAAAAUAUACUACAGUUGGACAAAACAAUUCCAGUACAGAUCCGCAUGAUGAAUGAUCAGUCUCUUGCUAUCACUAUCCUAGAUAGUGAUUCUUAGGAUCACUGUCCUAGUGAUCUUUUGGAAACCAUGUUUAUAAAUCACAAAGCCCAUUUUACUUUGAGUUUUCAGGAAAGCAUUUGCACUGACCAGUGGCAUGACAUAUGGGUUUCUCUUCUAGUAAUAUUGUGUGAAGGGAACCAUGACCAAAGUACUUACAUGAUAGAUUACUAUUUACCAGAAUUGCUCAAACCUAGCCCUGACAGUCUCAGCUACAUGAUCAGCAUUCUUCAGGUUUCUGCAGAUGCUAAUCUAGGCUCUUGCAGUACUAGAGAGACUCUUGGAGCAUUAAUGGCAUGCCUAAGGACAGCCAGGGCUCACAGACACCUGGAACUUUCAAAUAUCACGAGGAAUGGUUUCAUAUCCACUGAAUGUAUAAAGCAGGUAGUUGUAGCUCAUCAGCACAAUCAGGUUUUCAUUGAUGCCAUAGGUUUACUAUGUGAAAACCAUUGUAGCACAGAAAUGGUGUCUGUGGAAGAAAUGCAACUGUGUCAGUUUUUCAUGAUGUGCAACUUGAAGAGCCAGUCUCCUUUGGUAAGACAAUGGAUAGUUUCUUUGCUGAGAAAGUUAUUUUGUUGGAUACAAGACAGCUCACAGGUGCUUUAUAAAUUGGAACAAAAUAAAACCAAGCAAGAGUAACUUGAAAACUCAACUAAAAGGCGUGCUCUGGGGAUUUUGCAGCAAUAUAAAAUAAGUUAAACUGAUUUCAUGUCAUCUGUAUGUGGCAGACUUUUUGAGGUACUGUUUCCUGGUUCAUCACACCCAACCAGAUUUUCUGCACUAAAUAUUUUGGGAACAACAGCAGAAAUAUUUUCUGUUCCAGAAGGCCAGGCACAAGUUUUUCAGUUGAAUCAGGAGAUUUAUUCUACUUGUGUCCAAACUUUGAUCCAGUGUUUUGCCAGUACUUUUGAAGAAGUUAAAGUUCUGGCAAGUGGGUUGUUGAUGAAACUACAUGUUGCAUUUAAUUUAGAGGUAUGUAAUAAAAGAUAUUUAGUUAUCAAGCUUUUGCUGGUGAAUGCUGAAGAAGAAGUAUUUCAAGAUAGAAAGAAGUCUCUGGUUCAAACAGCAGCAUCAUUCCUGAUGUAUGGGAAAGUACAUUGUAUAACUGGGGCUUUGCAGCAUUUACCUUUUAAGUAGUUAACUUUGAUCUUGGUAGCUGAAUGGAAGGAAAUAGUGGCCAGGCUCAUUAUAUUGUUCAAACUCUCUGCUGUAGUAGCACCAGUAGUGCAGAGCUCAUCACCAGAGGGGCUUAUUCUAGUGGAUAGUGAUCAGUUGAAAGAACAUUGCAAAGUAUAGUCUGAAAAGCUGGCUGACCAUGUGCCAAUGGAAUAUACUUGCACAGAAAUGAGAGGUGAAGCUAAUGCUGCAAACGUCACAGCUGAAAUGGUUCUUGUGUGUUGCUGGAGAAGCAUGAAGGAAGCGUCUCUGCUCUUAGGGACACUGUGUUUGCCUUUACAGGCUACAUCUGAACCUUCAGAUGGGUUGAUUAUUGUGGGAAGCUAGAGAAGUAAUUUUUAUUGUAAAACCUUCACUUUUUUGGAGUGGUGGAUGGGGGAAGGGCAGUUUUCUGAAACCUU